AUGUAUAAAAACAUUUUCACCAAAUUUACAAGCUCAAGCAGCAUAUAGUUAUCAAAUAAAGUAAAGCAAUGCUUCUCAUUAAAAGGCCACACUAUUGAUAUUUAAAGCGAACACAAUUUAAUUUAGAGAAAAUCAGAUUUUGAAUAAUUGUAUAAAGUUAAAUACACUGAUAAAUUGGUAGGAUACGCUACAGCAGAAGGAACUAAAAAAUAUUCAGAAUUGAAAAAAGAUUCUGUUGACCCAACUAAUUUUAGCACUCCCUUUAAGAGCGAUCUAACUUUAAGCAGUAUAGGUUUUGGAAGCUAUUAGGGUACUCCUGAUAAAGAAGAUGAUAUGAAGAUGUUUAAUGCCUUAAUAGACUCAGUUAAUUCUGGUGGUAUUAAUGUUAUUGAUACAGCAUUAAAUUUUAGAUACUAAAAAUCAGAAAGAUCAAUAGGUGCUGCUCUCAGAUAUCUCAAAAAUUAAAAUAAAAUUACUAGAGAUUAGUAUUUCUUAGCUUCUAAAGGUGGUUUUUUGGUUGAUGAUGCCGAUUAAGGUAUUCCUAGUACUGUUCUUAUAAACAAUUUGAUUUAGAAAAAGUUAAUUACUGAAGAGGAUAUUAUUGGAGCUUGUCAUUGCAUGAACCCUAAUUAUUUGUCUUAAAACAUUGAUCAAAGUCUUGACAACUUGGGUGUUGAAACUUUAGAUUUAUAUUAUUUAUAAAAUGCUUCUGAAGUCUAAAUGCCUUUAAUUGGUGAAGAUAAAUUCUUUGAAAAACUAUCUUUAGUUUUUGAGCUGUUUGAAAAAAAAAUACAAGAAAAUAAAAUUAGAAAUUACGGAUUAGCAACCUGGUUAGCUUUCCGCUCACGUUAAGAUGAAAAAAAUAUACAUUUAAAUUUGUAAAAAGUUGUUAAAUUAGCAGAAAAAGUAGGUGGUAAAAACCAUGGUUUACGUUACAUAUAAUUGCCAGUUAAUGUGAUGAUGCCUGAAAGUUUUUCUGAAAAAUGGUAAAAUUAUGAAAAUGAAAAAGGAGAAGUGCAAGAAUAAUUCUUACUUAAAGUAGCUAGAGAAUUAUAAGUUAAUAUUAUUACUUCAUCUCCACUUAUGUAAGGUGCUAUGAUUAACUGUCCUUUACCUAAAGAUGUAUUCUAAUGCGUUAAUCAAGGUGCCAAACAUCUUUAAUUUGUAAGAUCAAUUCCAUCUCCAGCUAUCAUCAGUACCUUAAUUGGGCAAAAAUCUAACAGAAAUGUUAAGAAAAAUUUAGAAGUUAUUGUCUAUCCUAAGCUUUCAGAAGAUAAAUUUUGGGAAUUCCUCAUACCUUCUAAGAGAGAAUAAGAAAUAGAAGAAACUGUUAAUAUUAGUUGA